AUGGCAGACUUAAUAGCAAACCAACUGGACUCGACACAUCUUGCUGAGGGGGCUGGACCAGAAGAUUGGAAAAAGGCACUCAAAGUUCCUGCAAAGGACAACAGACACCAAACCGAGGAUGUGACUGCUACCAAAGGCCUCGAAUUUGAGGACUUCAACCUGAAGAGAGACUUGUUGAUGGGUAUCUUCGAAGCUGGAUUUGAGAAACCAUCCCCUAUUCAAGAGGAGGCGAUACCUGUCGCGCUUACCGGACGAGACAUACUUGCUCGGGCGAAGAACGGUACGGGCAAGACAGCGGCUUUCGUCAUCCCCGCUCUCGAACGAAUUAACCCUAAAAACUCCAAGGUCCAAUGCCUCAUCUUAGUCCCAACUCGAGAGCUAGCACUACAGACUUCUCAAGUCUGCAAAACCCUCGGGAAGCACUUGGGUAUCAACGUUAUGGUUACUACCGGCGGCACCACCCUACGAGAUGACAUUGUGCGCUUGGCAGACCCGGUUCAUAUUAUUGUAGGCACACCAGGAAGAAUCCUCGACCUGGCAGGAAAGAAUGUUGCCGAUCUCAGCGAAUGUCCCAUGUUUAUCAUGGAUGAAGCUGACAAACUCCUCUCCCCCGAAUUUACCCCUGUCAUUGAACAACUCCUCCAAUUCCAUCCCAAGGACCGCCAGGUCAUGCUCUUCAGUGCAACAUUCCCCAUCACUGUUAAAGACUUCUCGGACAAGAACAUGGCCAAUCCCUACGAAAUCAACCUUAUGGAUGAACUCACUCUUCGCGGUAUUACACAAUACUAUGCCUUUGUGGAAGAGAAGCAAAAGGUUCACUGCCUAAACACUCUGUUCUCCAAACUCCAAAUCAACCAAUCGAUCAUCUUCUGUAACUCUACCAACCGUGUCGAACUUCUUGCUAAGAAGAUCACCGAACUUGGAUACUCCUGUUUCUAUAGUCACGCACGAAUGCUUCAGGCUAACCGCAACCGUGUCUUCCACGAUUUCCGCAAUGGUGUCUGCCGCAAUCUGGUCUGCUCCGAUCUCCUCACGCGAGGUAUCGAUAUUCAAGCCGUUAACGUUGUCAUCAACUUUGACUUCCCCAAGAACGCCGAGACCUACCUUCAUCGUAUCGGUCGAUCAGGGCGCUUUGGGCAUCUAGGUCUUGCUAUCAAUCUCAUCAAUUGGGAGGACCGAUUCAACCUAUACAACAUCGAACGAGAUUUAGGCACUGAAAUCCAAGCUAUACCAGCAACAAUUGACAAGAAUCUCUAUGUCUACGACAGCCCAGAGAGCAUUCCUCGACCGGUUUCCAACUUUCAAACAAACCGACAACCGUCUAGCUCGCAAUCACAACCUCAGCCGCAACAACAGUCUGGCAAUCAACGAGGAGGUGGCUACGCCAACGGCCGCCACAAUGGAUCGAAUCAAAACCAAGGCCAGAGACAACCACAAGGCGAACGCCAAGGUCAAGGCUUCUCGAGAGGAAAUGGCCGUUUCGAGAACAGUCGCCGAGGUAGUGGCAGAGGAAAUGGCCGCGGAGGGCAAGGCCGAGCGAACGGGUUUGAUGAACAACAAGGCGGCCGGGGUCAGCAAUUGCCGGCACAAUAG